AUGUACCGUUCGACUUUAGCCGGGCUGAGUCCUGCAGCCCCCGGCGCCUCCAUGUAUCUGAGCUCAUGUAGCCGCUUGGCCCAGCCGUCGAAGAGCCCCGUUGCUCUGCCGGAGUCGGGAGAGUCGAUCAACGACGCCGCCCGCGUGGAGGGGGAAGGGGAGCGGAAGAAUGAAAAGGGGAAUGGGAUGGAGAGUAUGGCGAGGGAGAAGAAAAAUACACAUGAAAAGGAGGAGAUUCGCAAGGGGAUGCGGAAGCGGAAGCGGGACGAGGAUGAGAUGGUGAUGGAAGAGAAGGAGAAGAUCGCAAAGAAAGAGGAAAAUGUGAAGAAGGGCAAUGGUGGAGGAAUUCUGACUAACAAACUUUUCUCAGAGCUCUACAUAUCCGAGCUCACUGCCAAGGCGAUCAGAGAGAUGAACUACAGCCACCUCACCGAGAUUCAAGCUAGAUCAAUACCGCAUCUCAUGCUAGGUAAUGAUGUGCUGGGUUCAGCCAAAACUGGCUCAGGGAAGACCCUUGCCUUCCUUAUACCAGCAAUUGAACUGCUGCACAAAGCGUGCUUCAUGCCAAUUAACGGAACUGGAGUUAUUGUAGUUUGCCCAACAAGGGAGCUUGCUAUCCAGACACACAAUGUUGCCAAGGAAUUAAUGAAGUAUCACUCACAAACUCUUGGUUAUGUAAUUGGUGGCACUAACAUGAGAAAUGAAGCCAAUCAACUUGUGAAAGGGAUCAAUCUCUUAGUUGCAACUCCAGGCAGGCUUCUGGAUCAUCUGCGAAAUACUAGUAGUUUCAACUACAAAAGGCUACAGUGCCUUAUAAUUGAUGAAGCUGAUCGCAUACUUGAGCAAAAUUUUGAAGAGGAUAUGAAACAAAUAUUUAAACGACUCCCUCAGGAUAGGCAGACUGUUCUUUUUUCUGCCACACAGACUCAAAAGGUUGUUGAAUUUGCGAAUUUUACGUUUGGGCAAAAUGAAGAAAGACAAAGGAAACUUGUUUAUGUUGGAGUUGAUGAUUCUAAAUUAAAGCCUACUGUUGAGGGCUUGCAGCAGGGUUACUGUGUCAUUCCUAGCGAGAAAAGGUUUCUGGUUCUGUAUGCAUUCCUAAGAAGGAUGCAGCAUAGGAAGGAGGAUGUGAAGGUCAUGGUGUUCUUUUCAUCCUGUAGCUCAGUCAAGUUCCAUGCAGAAUUUCUAAAUUUCCUUGGGAUAGGGUGUUAUGAUAUCCACGGGCAGCAGAAGCAGCAGAAGCGAACUAGUACCUUCUUCCAAUUUUUGAAGGAGAAAAAUGGCAUCUUAUUAUGCACAAACGUGGCAGCUCGUGGGCUCGAUAUUCCUGAUGUGGACUAUAUUGUGCAAUUUGAUCCUCCAGAUGACCCAAAGAAUUACAUUCACAGGGUUGGUCGUACUGCCCGAGGUGACAAAGGCAAAGGAAGUGCAUUAUUGUUCUUACUACCGGAAGAACUGAAGUUUCUUAUUUACCUGCAGGCAGCCAAUAUUUCUCUGACUGAAUAUGUUUUCAGUGAAAAGCAUGUGCCAAAAUUGCAAUCACAACUUGAGAACAUUGUUGGGGGGAAUUACUUCCUAAACCAGUCUGCGAAGGAAGCCUACAGGUCCUACCUUUUGGUUUACAACUCACAUUCUAUGAAAGACAUUUUUGAUGUCCAUCAACUUGAUCUCAAGAAAGUUGCUGCAUCUUUCUGUUUCAAGAACCCUCCUAAAGUCAAUCUGGACCUGGACAGUAGUGCAUCUAAACACCGAAAGAUGAGGAAAGUGGACGGUGCAAAGAGGCAUGGAAUUGGUCCUUCGAACCCCUACGGAAGGAGAGGCUGUUUCGAUUCGAGGCAGUUGGCAAGAUUCUAG